GAGCAAUUGAAUUUCAAACACAAACAACUGCAUGGGGCACUCUCCCACCUCCCUGGAGCUCCCGCGCUGCUAGCACCGAGGGCCGCGGCCGCACGCCGCCCCCACCCAGCGCUCGGGAGGGCCGGGGGCACCAUGUCCCGCUCCAACAGGCAGCGGGAGUACAAGUGCGGGGACCUGGUGUUCGCCAAGAUGAAGGGCUACCCGCACUGGCCCGCCCGGAUCGAUGAGAUGCCGGAAGCUGCCGUGAAAUCCUCCUCCAAUAAAUACCAAGUCUUUUUCUUCGGGACCCAUGAAACAGCAUUCCUGGGCCCCAAGGACCUGUUCCCCUAUGAGGAGUGCAAGGAGAAGUUUGGGAAGCCCAACAAGCGGAAAGGGUUCAGCGAAGGCCUCUGGGAGAUCGAGAACAACCCCACCGUCAAAGCCUCGGGCUACCAGCCAACCCAGAAGAAGAGCUGCUCCGGGGAUGCUGAGCCGGAGCGAGAGCCGGAGGGCGAUGGUGAGAAGAAGGGCAAUGCAGAGGGCAGCAGCGAUGAGGAGGGCAAGCUGGUGAUCGACGAGCAGUCCAAGGAGAAGAACGAGAAGGCUGGGAUCAAGCGGAAAGCAGAGGAUGCCCUGGAGGACUCCCCCAAACGCUCCAAGGAGGUGGAGGGCCCCGAGGGAGAGAAGAAGGUGGAGAACGAGGAAGCCCCCAAGGAUGAGCAGAAGCCCAGUGCCCCUGAGGGUGAGAAGGGAAAGAACAGCGACGCCGCCGACGGCCCCGACGCCCGGGAGGCCAAGCCUGAGGGGAAGGAGAAAGCCCCCACUGCUGAGGAGAUCAGAGAUCACAAGGAGAGCCCGUAGCUGGCCGGCCUCCCCCAGCCAAGCUGCUGUCCUGGCCUGCCCCUUUACUGCUGGGCUCCCCGGGGGCUAAAGAGUCUCGUCCUCCUCAGCUCGUCUCAUCUUGCAACUCUGGAAAAAAAAGAAGAAGAAAAGAAGAAGAAAGAAAGAAAGAAAGAAGAACCCCCCAUCCCCCUGCCCGCCGCACCCCACCCGCGCCACAGGGCGCCUGCUUGUACUAGUGAUCCCUCAGGGGGGCUCCUCCAUUGAUUUGAAAUAAAUGCGAUUCAUGCCUUUUUAACACGCUGCCUAUCACUUCCCUCUGAGGUGCUUUCUCUGGGGCUCUUCCCCGCAGCUCGGCACUGCCCUGGCAAGCCACGGUGGGUGGCAGGAGGCGGAUGUCACCCUCUCUGCCGUCCUUCCCUGUCUCGGUUGCGACUGGCUGAGUGGUUGGACAGGGGUUUCUGCGACGUCCAGGAUGAGUUGCAUCUAUAUGGAGGGGCCUGGAUGUGCUGCUGGCAUGGGCAAGGGGUGGUACCCACUGCAAGGCCCCAUAGGGCAGUGCCCAGCAGCCUCGAGGUUGCUAUGCCCCAGCUCCCAAUUUGUUGCUGGCUCUUCUUUUAAACAGAGCCUGCAUCUGGCUUUGUCCCCUGAGCUGCCCCUUUGGCCAGUCUUGUUCCCUCCCUAUCACAAACAAAGCCAGCACCCAAAACAGUUGUUUAGAUUGCCUGCUCCUGGCGGAUCAGAGCCACCCCCGCCUUGGGACAGCUUGCUAUCCCCUUUCUUCCAACAUCCCUUCCAGUCACGGGGCCAAGCAGAGGCAGAGCUGGAAAGUGCAGCACUGGGGCUGUCCAUUUGGCUGCAAAAUAGUUGGCUUUUCCACCUGCAGUUCAAUUUGGGGAAAAUUUUGGAAACUUGCAAGAAAAAAACCCCCAUUCAAUUUGGAAAUGCUGUAGGGAGGUCCCCAGGGAGUUUUAAUUAGUGACCCCCACCCCCCAUCUCCACACCAGACUUGCAAUCUAGCACUGGGUCCAGUCUGGCGAUGCUCUCCCUGGGAUCCUGGCAGGCAGGUUCUCUCCCUGGGUGGUGAAAUCACAGCUGAAUUCUUGGUGCCCUGGUGAGUCGCUGCCUUUCUGGCUGCAGUGCUGCAAUUCCAGCUGGAUGCGAAGGAGCGAAGCUCCCGACGCAGGUUUCUCACUGGAAUUCCAGCCCAGAGUGCUCGUGAUGGCGCUUUCUGGAAGGAGCUGGCGGGAAAUAUCUCUGGCUGAUCCAAAAAAAUGAAAAGGCUUGUGUUUUUCUUAAUUUUUUUUUAAAGGGAAGGGGGAAGCCCUGGCCUGCCUCCCAUGUCCUUCACUAACAAAGUCUUAGAGCUCAGUCCAGGUCCAGCCAGACAUCAGGGUCCAAAGGCAAAGCAAGGGUCUGAGGCUUGCAACCCCUGCCAGCCCCCGGAGUCGUUUGCAAGCCCAUCUUAGCACCUAAUGGGGAUUCCCCCCUGCCCCUCUGAGACUCGAAGGUAUCCCUGGGUUCUCUGCCCGUCACAUCUGUCCAGCUCUCUGUCACCCUGCACCCAGGUAAAACCCCUCAUCAGAGCCCUCCCUGCCCUGCUCUGAGGCAGAGACCUGGGGUGUUCAGAGCACGGUUGUGCUCCUCAGGCCCUGAACCUCGCGUGUGCACUAAUGAAACACGACAGCGCAGGACGCUCCAACAGGCAUCAUUUUAAAGCAGCCUUUGGGUUGCUCUAAGUCAUGCGUUGCUCCCCGCGUCCCUCAAUGGGCCCCGGGGAGCAGAGAACGGCCACAGCUCAGUUUACCCUGACUGGGCUCCGAGACCCACAUCCACCCAUUUUAAGGCCCAUGUGUGACCAAGAAUCCAGCCCACAGGGGUCAUAAGCCUGACCCCAGGGGACAAGUCUAUUUGGGGACCCCAAAUGGGUCCCCAAAUGGCAGCCAUGGUACUCUCAGUUGCAGGGGAUGGAGCCAGAGCUCGUUCAGCAUCUGUUGCAAAUGUCUCUGGGGAAGGUUUCUGCCUCCCCUAUCCAGCCACAAACCGAAGGGAAAUUAUCUAGAGGCAGCAGCAUCCAUGUUAGUCCCUUUGCCCUUCACUUCUGGGGAAUAUUUACCAAAACAUUACAAUAAAAGUGUGGGGGAGAAGUUUUUAGGGUAAUGUUUUUAAUAAAAAAAAUUUAAAAGUUAAAAAAAAAAAAAACCACCCACAGGAUGAUGGUGACUAGCUGGAAAAGUAAUUGUUUUAGCUAACGAUUUUUUUGUAGUCUGGCUUAUUUUUAAACUUGUGUUUCUUGCUGUCCUCUCGGGCCAGGUAUGUCGCCUUGGUUUCUCCAUCUCUCUCUCUCUCUCUCCCUCUCUCUCUUUCCAAGUCUUUCUCGCUCUGUGAUGUAAUCGUAUUACAAUUUGUAACAUAUGGAGGAAAAAAGAAAAAUAAACUCCCAGACACGCC